UUUCCCACCACAUUCUCGUUAGCUUUCUCAUGAUUGCAGCCAUCAUCGAGAACUCACCUUGUUUAAUUUCUCUUUCAAGAUAAUCAAUAACAAACUCACUGCAAUGCCGCCAAGAAACCUCCUCGUUUUCUUGUUCCUCUACGUAAUCCUUCCGAAGAACAGAGGAGCCGUCGCAGAGAACGUGAGCUUCAAUUUCUCCUCUUUCACGCUCCGCAACAUCACUCUGCUCGGAGACUCUCACCUCCGAAACGGCGUCGUGGGACUCACCAGAGAGUCCGGCGUCCCUUCCUCGAGUUCCGGCACUCUCAUCUACAACUACCCAGUUCCGUUCUUCGACCAAGAAUCCAACACCACGGCUUCUUUCAGCACUGAGUUUUCCUUCUCCAUCAGAAACGCAAACCCGGGCAGCUCUUUCGGCGACGGCUUGGCAUUCUUCCUCUCUCCCGAUAACCAGACCCUCGGCAGCCCAGGUGGGUACUUAGGUCUCGUCAAUUCCUCGCAGUUGACCAAGAACAAGUUCCUUGCCAUUGAAUUCGACACGAGGCUCGAUCCCCAUUUCAACGACCCGAGUGAUAAUCAUGUCGGGUUGGAUAUUGAUAGCCUGAUUUCGAUCAAGACUGCGGACCCGAUCUCGGAAGGAAUCGAUCUGAAAUCGGGGAAUUCAACCACUGCUUGGAUUGAUUACAAGAAUGAUAUGAGAAUCUUGAAUGUGUUCUUGGGUAGGUCGAGUUUCGGGAAGCCGAAAAACCCUCUGCUCACUCUGGAUAUUGACCUCUCUCCUUAUCUCAAGGAGAUUAUGUACGUGGGUUUCUCCGGUUCGACAGAAGGGAGCACCGAGGUUCACUUGAUAGAAAAAUGGAGUUUUCAGACUUCUGGGUUCCUUCCUGUUCGACCCAGAUCGCAUCCUCACAAUGUUUCUGAUAGUUCAGUGACGGUGAUACCGGCUAUUCCGGGCUCAAAUUCCACUAGUAACCAUCACAAGAAACUCGGUUUGGGUUUUGGAAUUGCAGGUCCGGCUUUCUUCUGUGUCGUGCUCUUAGUUUUUGGGUACAUUUCUGUGAGAAAAUGGCGGAGAACAAGGGCCGACAAGAGUCUAAAACCAGAACUAGUCACAGGUCCAAGACAGUUCAGUUACAAAGAACUAUAUACAGCCACAAGAGGGUUUCACUCAAGCAGAAUCAUCGGUCGAGGAGCUUUCGGAGAAGUUUACAAAGCUUUCUUUGUCUCUUCCGGCCAAAUUUCCGCCGUUAAAAGAUCCAGACACUCUCAUGAAGGCAAGACUGAGUUUCUUGCCGAGCUAUCAAUCAUUGCAGGGCUAAGACACAGGAAUCUAGUCCAACUCCAAGGCUGGUGUGUAGAAAAAGACGAGUUACUUCUUGUUUACGAGUUCAUGCCAAAUGGAAGCCUUGACAAACUCCUCUACCAUGAAUCAGGGACUAAUCUUCUCACUUGGUCUCACAGAAAAACCAUUGCUCUGGGUUUAGCCUCUGUUAUAACCUACCUUCAUCAAGAAUGUGAGCAGCAAGUAAUCCACAGAGAUAUCAAAACAAGUAACAUAAUGCUGGAUAGAAACUUCAAUCCCCGGCUUGGUGACUUCGGAUUAGCCAGACUCAUGGAUCAUGACAAGAGCCCGGUGUCAACUUUAACUGCAGGAACAAUGGGGUAUCUAGCUCCAGAGUAUCUUCAGUACGGUAAAGCUACAGAGAAGACUGAUGUUUUCAGCUAUGGCGUGGUGAUUCUUGAAGUGGCGUGCGGGAGGAGACCCAUUGAGAGGGAGGGGAACAGUCAGAAGAUGGUGAAUUUGGUAGACUGGGUUUGGGGAUGGAAUGCACAAGGGAGGAUUGUUGAAGCUUGUGACAAAAGAUUGAAUGGGGAGUUUGAGGAAGAAGAAAUGAAGAAGCUGUUGCUUGUAGGGUUAAGCUGUGUUCAUCCUGAUAGUAGGGAGAGGCCUGCGAUGAGGAAAGUUCUUCAGAUACUUAACAAUGAAGCUGAGCCUGUGAUUGUGCCGAGUGUGAAGCCAAGUUUGUCUUUUUCAUGUGGGUUGAGGGUUGAAGAUAUUGUUUCAGAUGGAGAAGAAAGUAAGAACUUUGUUAAUUGAUUCAAUGUGGGUUAUGAAGAAGAUGAUUAAUUGUCUGAAUUUUUUUUCUGAAAAUUUUCUAGGGUUGAUACUUAACAUAAUAAUUGAGUGACAGGUGAGGGAUAUAA